AUGUGGCGGGAUCGCACCAACCUGUACGAUUACCCCAGAAAGCUACCCUGCCGUGCCGCUGCUAGCUACCAGCGCUUCCUCCUCCGCGAGGCGAAAGCGAUGAUGGUUGAAGCGAAGAAGCCGCGAUUUGGUGCUUCAAAUGGCUUCGAUGCCGUUCCCCAGCCGGAGGAGAGUCGGCGCCUCAUCUCCGAGACAGGUGGAUUCGAAGAGGACGGCGACAUGGUGAUUGAAAUGGACCUGCUUCCGCCACGCUGGGUGGACGUUCAAGACGAAGUCUCCGAGUUAUUAGCCGACAUUGCGCAAAAGUCCGCCGAAUUGGACAAAUUGCACCAGAAACACCUGCUGCCCGGAUUUGGCGACGAGGAUCUCCGGCGCCAAAACGAAGGGAUCAUUGAGCGACUCACGCAAGAUGUGACCCGGGGUUUUCAUCAAUGUCAAAGUGCCAUUAAGCGGAUCGAUUCCAUGGUGCGUGAGGCUAGGCAGCAGGGCGGAGUCACCAGUGGAGAGGAAACAAUGGCCAAGAAUAUCCAGAUCUCGUUGGCGUCUCGAGUCCAGGAGUCGAGUGCGCGGUUCCGCAAGAAGCAGAGUACUUACCUCAAGAGUGCGUGCUAUGCUCGAUCUUCCCCCUUGCUCAUACUUGCCUACCUUGGAUUUGAUACAGGAACACAUGUGCCAGCAAUGCGCGUGAUACUCGAACUGCGGGACCUGGACGGCAUGUCAACGCCAUUUGAGCGAUCGCCCACUCCCGCGCAAAACCCGUUCACCGACCCUUCAUUAAUGGAAUCCGAAGUCGACAAAUCGUUUUCGCAGACCAUGCUGAUGCAGACCCAACAACGCGCAACAGGGCAGAAUGAUGCUGCCAUUGCCCAGCGUGAACGAGAGAUCAAUGACAUUGCAAAGGGCAUCAUUGAACUGUCAGAUAUCUUUCGCGAACUUCAGACGAUGAUCAUUGAUCAGGGGACGAUGCUCGAUCGGAUCGAUUACAACGUUGAGCGCAUGAAUACCGAAGUAAAAGCCGCUGACAAGGAAUUGAAAGUGGUGAGUCGCAUUCGAACAAUCGACUUUGUCCUUGACUGGGAUGUCCUUGAACGAGUGCUGAUAUGUUUUCAAUUUCAGGCGACAAAUUACCAACGUCGCACGACUAAAAGAAAGGUGAUGCUUCUUCUAGCCCUUGUGGUCAUAGGGUUGAUCAUUGUUCUAGCGGUUAAACCUAAGAAGCAAAGCUCUCCACCCCCGCAGCCUGCAGAAGAGGAAUCAUCAAGUAAUAUCAGAUCUCUGCUGCUCUCCCGAGCUCCCAAGGUACGAAUGAGGAGACAGCAGACUUCUAUGCGAUCAAGUCGAAGACGAUGGAUGGAUCCGGAUAUACUACGAUAA